AUCUACACAUAGCGGACUGUCUAUAGGAGAAACUAACCACGGUGGCUGGAAAACGCCUGUGUCCGGCGUCAGGUGGAUGGAUCCGGCUUCUGGACGGGACUCAGCAGCCUGCUGGAGGACUGGCAUUUUGGAGAUCGGUCAUCAGAGUGAAGCGUCUUGUUGGGAACAACAUCGGGAACAUCCACGCGGUUACAGCAUCAAAUAGACCUACGACAUUUCCAUCAGAUCUCCCAGUUUGAAGGGAGAUCCAGCAGAUCUCCCUAUAAACCAAUACGCAGUUUAGCACAAUGCAAAACACGGAGCUGCAGAAGAAUUAAAAAGUUAGGUCUGCUGCGACUGGACUGCAAUCAUGUAGCCACUUUUUAAUUAUGAAUUCAGAAGGAUAAGUCGUUUGCAGUUGCUAUGCAGGACACUUUGAAGAGUAGCUCGUAGGUUGUGAGGUGAACUCAGACGGGGAAACCAGAAACAGGACAGAGAGAGGUUUAUUUACGUUUCCUGUCGCCGUGUCGCGUCUACGACGUUCGCAUCUUCUGCCACUCUAGCUAAACAUGGCAAGACUACGGAGGAAAGCUUGCAUAGCCCUGUUUCUCUUUACACUAUUCAUCUUUUGGACCAUGAUGGGACUGAGGACACUAAAGCCUAGCGACGGCUUCUCGGAUCUGGCUCCGGGCUUGGACCUCCUGCCGAUGGUAUCGGGGAAAAUGGACCGGCGCUCCGUGUCCCGUGACACCACCGCGUCCCCGGGUCAAGCCCAUCCGGCUGGCAGCAACACCAAAGCAGUUUUGUCCAACUCUGGCCCCGAGGGGACAAUAUUUUAUGAUGUUCAUAUUUUUUACUAUAGCUGGUACGGCAACCCACAUAUGGAUGGCAAAUACAUUCAUUGGGACCACAUCCUUGUUCCGCACUGGGACCCCAAAAUCGCAUCAAGCUACCCGAGAGGAAGACACAUGCCUCCUGAGGACAUCGGCUCCAGUUUCUACCCCGAACUUAAUCCGUACAGUUCGAGGAGCCCGGAGGUGUUGGAGUCCCACAUGGAGCAGAUCGGGGCAUCUGCAGCAGGGGUUCUGGUCCUGUCGUGGUAUCCUCCCGGCUUGGCUGACGACAAUGGUGAACCCACUGAGGAUUUGGUACCAGCUGUACUGGAUGCCGCAUACAGACACAACCUCAAGGUUGCAUUUCACAUCCAACCAUACAGAGGACGAAACGACCAGAGUGUGCAUGACAACAUCAAGUACAUCAUUGACAGGUACAGUGAACAUGGAGCCUUCUACAAGUUUAGCUCCAGCACAGGGAAAAGUCUUCCCCUAUUCUACAUCUAUGACUCCUACCUGACUCCUCCUGAGUCCUGGUCUGAAUUCUUGACUCCCACAGGCUCCCAUAGCGUGCGCGGCUCAGCCUAUGACGCCAUCUUCAUUGCCCUGAUUGUGGAGGAGCGUCACAAGCACGACAUCCUCGCAGGUGGCUUUGAUGGCAUGUACACUUACUUUGCUUCCAACGGUUUCUCCUUCGGCUCCUCUCACCAGAACUGGAAGGCCAUCAAAGCUUUUUGUGACGGCAACAAUCUCCUCUUCAUCCCCAGCGUCGGACCUGGUUAUAUCGACACCAGCAUCCGGCCGUGGAACAACCACAACAUGCGCAACAGGGUGAACGGUCGUUACUAUGAGACGGCCCUGCAGGCAGCGCUGAAUGUGAGGCCAGACGUUGUCACUAUUACAUCUUUUAAUGAAUGGCACGAGGGGACACAGAUAGAGAGGGCGAUGCCCAAAAAAACGGUGACCCGUGUGUACUUGGACUAUCAGCCACAUGGACCCGAUCACUACCUGGAGUUGACCCGCCGCUGGGCAGAGGAGUUCAACAAAGAGAAGGAGCAGUGGCUCAUGUGAGCUUUUAUUGAUCAGACUUGAAACAGCAUGCACAAGUGUGUGUACACAUAAAGGAGAAGAAACAAAAGAGAGAGAAAUGAAUGUAGAGAUCAGUUAUUAUUAAAAGGUUAUUCUGGGGAAUUUGUUCCAUUGACAGCCCAGAGUCCUUGAAUGGGUCAAAUGGUCUUUGUUCACUUAAUGCAACUUAAUGGAUUGUCUCAAACACGGCGAGAAAACUGUCACCACAUAAUUGAAUGACCUGAGACGUAGCCCACGUAUAAUCCUUGUUUCCUUCUCUGCAGUUUAAUAAUAUAUUUGAUUACAAUGGCCAGACACUCAUGGUUUUGCAUUCAUUCACAAUUGGCUGUCAAGUCGAAUGAGACCCUAAUAUUGAUCUUUGAAAGCAAAUGCUUAUUUUGUAAUAGGUAAAACUAUUGCUUAAAGAGUAAAAUGUGUUAUUUUGUUACACAUUUUGGUUUGACACAACAUUUUCAGUAGGAUGUUGUAUCAUUUGGGAUUUGUUGCUAACCAACAAAGGCAUUCAGUGUCAGAGUAUGUUAAUCUAUUUAGCAAAGUAAAGCAAGUCAGACAGGUUGUUAAAGUAUAGGAACUCUAAACUUGGCCUUAAGGUUGUUGCGUGUAAUUCCCUUUAAGGAAAGCCACAUUCAUGUCGGGCACACACAAGCUUCUGUCACUUAACCAAAAACAACAGAAUCAGAAGUUAAAAAGUUAGGAUUGAGGCUCAAUGUUUGAGUGUCUGAAUAAAACUGUACCACUUGCUAGAUCACUUUGCUUUAUCUUUGUGUGAUUUCAAUUGAUAAAAUCCUACUGUCUAUUGAAGUAAAAAGUACUUUCACUUUUAAGAAUAAAACUAUGCUAUUUGGUUAUGAAGG